AUUGUUUGUAAACUAAAUCUGAGGCGCCCUUGAUGCACUGGGCCAAGGGCUUGCAAUGUUGGUGUUGAAGCGACUGGAGAAUUUAAGAUUUUGUGCUUUUAAAACUUUUUUUGCGAGGACUAUGGCUGAUGAAAAUUCGUUGGGUAGCCUGAAAUCCAAUCCUCACUAUCAAAAAUAUGCAGAAAAAAUAAAACAACUUCAAAAAUCAUCUCCUGAUGAAUUUCUUGAGCGAAUGGAAGCUCUUAAAAGUAAACCUAAAAAGGUGAAGGAUGCUGUUAAAGGCAGAGAGUUCUCAGCUAUUUCAUCGCCGAAAGAAACAUUGGAUAGCACUGGUGCAGUGACCACAUAUAAACAGAAAAAAUUAUCCGAUAUUAUGAAAAUGGAAUUAAUUGAGAACAAAACUGCAGAUGAAGUGAAGCAUAUUUGGGAGGAUUACCACAAAACAAAGGAAGUGAUUGCAGGUGUUAUUCCAGUUGAGCUAUAUACAAAAAUAUAUUCCAGAGGCAAGCAGUACCCAGUUUUUCUGUUUCCAUUGCCACGUGGGCAGGGGUAUGAGUUCAUUGUAUCAGAAAUUUCUGAGCAUGAAGUACAUUUCACUCCAUUGAUAUCCUAUCAGGCCUAUAAAGAAAACGCACCAGAAUGUCUUACACUUGUUCAUUAUGCAGAACUGCAAUCCAAGGGGAUUAUACUAAUGCGCGGAGAUUACAAUAAAGAUAUUUUGAAUGGAAAGGAAUCCCAAUGUUUGGCAAAUCAGCUACAGAUGUACUAUGGCCAGGACAAUGAGAAACGGCUGAAUCUAUUGGAGAGAUUUACUUCAAGACCAGAUGACUUCAGACACAUGGAUCUUAUUGCAGAAUUGGAAUGUCUUAGCCUAUAGAUAUGGAGGAAAACAUAUUCAACAGUGCUGUGAUAGUUUCACUUAGAAAUUGUUUUCCUAUUUCUGACAAAUAAAUUAAAGUUUCUAUUUGAAAUACACUGCUAAUUGAGAUGAGAAUCAUAUGCAAUGUAUAUUGUGCUUUCUGAUGGUGCAGUGGAAAUGGCAGGAGGUCUGCUGCAUCACCAUGGCUCAAAUUUAAUGUUAUCACUGGUUGUGAACGUCAGGAUCUCGUGGAAUUAAAUGUCACAUCUUUUUUGCCAACUUAAAAAAGAAAUAAUGCUAUGUGAGUUGAAAACUGGCAGUACAAUAUAGGCCACAAAAUAGUUCUUACUAUUUCAUUUAGUGUCACAGUUCUAAUUCUUUAGGUAGGAAAAUUUUACUGCUUCCCAAUUAUUGGUGUGAUGAAACUGUUCAGAUCUUCCUGCUUUCACUUUGAUAUGGUGUCCUAAGUAUUGCAUGAAGCUGGAUUAGAUUUGUCAUAAAUAAAGUUUCGAGGACACUUUUCACUAAAUGAGUUACUUGAUACUGUAAAAAACUGUUAAUGUUGGUUCAUUCGAAGACUGUGUAAAACGGGAAGCAUCAGUAUAACUGUACUUUGUCUUCAUUUUUAUACUGCAAUCAAUUACAUAUUGUUACAUGACUAAGGUGAUAAAGCAUCAUUACUCCAGUUGAAUCUUUUUGAUGGAAAGUGUACAGAAAAAAAUUCUAAAAGUAAUGCUUGUGUUUGGGUUCCUCGUUUUCACGUUUCAAUGAAACUUACAUGUUCUUUCAUGUCACUUAUGUAUAUGAUUUGCAUAUUAUGUUUGCUGCUUCGAAUGAAGCAGUCGCUUGUUAAAUGUGUUUAUAUACUCCAGUAUGAAAGGGAAAUCCCAUUAUUUAGCCAUGUUAUUUUGAAGUGGAUUCCAAUGCUGAAAUUUCUUUCCUGUUUGAAUAACACAUUUUGUGUAUAAAUAGCCACUGCUAGAACAGUAAUUCAGUAAAUUACUAUAUCUUCUUUUCUGUGGAUACUAGCAUAUCAGACAUGACCAUAGGACUGACUGACUGACUGACUGACUAACUGUUCGCUGGGCAGCCAUGUUUAUAUCAGCUACGAGGAACAUUAUGGGCCAGUGUAUUCACGUGAGGAGAUGAGUUGGUGCGUUCAUGCUGCAAGUGCAGUGCUGCGAUGAGACUGUGCCCUCUAAUGGUCAUCUAGGCUCAUUACCUUUGGCAAGCAUCCACCUUCCGUGGAGCCAGAUACAUCUACAUCUACAUACAAGAAUGAGUAGGAAAACCAAUCCUGUAAUGUUUGAGUGUAGCAUUAGUAGUGUGCUGCUUGACACAAUCACAUUGUUUAAAUAGCUAGCCAUAAUAGUGCAAAGUGAUAUGAAAUGGAAUGAGCAUGUAAGGACUGUAGCAAGGAAGACAAAUGAUUGACUUCAGUUUAUUGGGAGAAUUUUAGGAAAGUGUGGUUUAUCUGAAAAAAGUGUGACACAUUAUUGAGUACUGCUAGAGUGUUUAGUAUCCCCACCACUUUGGAAUAAAGGAAGCCAACAAAGCAAUUCACAGAUAGGCUGUCAGAUUUGUUUCCAGUAACUUCUAUCAACACCCGAGUAUUGUGGAGAUACUUCGUGAAUUCAAAUGGGAAUCCACAGAGGGAAGACAAUGACAUUCUUUUUGUAAUACGCUAUUGAGAAAAUUUAGAGAACUGGCAUUUGAAGUUGACUGCAGAGAAAUUCUACUGUCGCCAACAUUCAUUUCACAUAUAGAUUACGAGGAUAAGGUAAGAGAAAUCAGGGCUCGUAUGGAUGCAUGUAGAUAGUCAUUUUUCCCCCGCUCUUUAUAUGAGUGGAACAGAAAGGGAAAUGACUAGUAGUGGUACAAGGAACCUCCUGCCAUGCACCAUAAAGUGGCUUUCGGAGGACGUAUGUAGAUACCAGAUUAACCUGUUAGCUAAUUGAUGAUGCAGUCAUAAUGUCACUAUCUUCUGCCUCCAUCAGAGGUAUUCCCAUUGGAUGUGCCCUUCACUAAUAGUGAACCACUUUAUCCAGUGGUACUGUUAUUAAGUAGCC